AUGUGCCAGGCAAAGGAUAAAACCUAUUCUGAAGAGUUGAGAAGUCUAGAUAAUGCCCGUCUUCAUCAUACAGCUGUGGAUAAGGGCUCAUGCUCCACCUGGGGCACUGGGCAUUUCUCAACUUUCGACAACUACUUGUAUGAUUUUUCUGGGACUUGCAAUUACAUCUUUGCCACCGUAUGCAAUGACGUCAACCCGGAUUUCAACAUCCAGUUCCGUCGUGGGCCAAACAAAAAAAUUACCAGAAUCAUCAUCGAGUUGGGACCCAACGUUAUCAUAAUUGAAAAUGGCAUCAUAUCAGUCAAGGAUGUUGGUAUUAUCAGGCUGCCGUACACCAGAAAUGGAAUUCAGAUUACACCUUUUGGACGCACCAUCCGCCUAGUGGCCAAACUGAUGGAGAUUGAGCUUGCCGUUUUCUGGAAUAAUGAUGAUUAUCUCAUGGUUUUGAUUGAGGAAAAAUACAUGACAAGAACAUGUGGACUGUGUGGGAACUUUGAUGGGAAAGAAUUAAAUGAGUUUAUGAGUGAAGACAAACUUCUGGACCCUCAAAAAUAUGCUGCCUUGCAGAAAAUUGAUGAUCCUGCAGAGAUCUGCCCAGUUGAGGAAAUGGCAGUUUCUAACGUUCCUCGCAAGAAAUAUUCUAGGAUCUGCAGCCAGCUUCUAGGACUCGUGUCUCAAUCUUGCAACAUCUCAAGGAAAGGGUUUGUUAUCCGCUGCCAACUUGACAUGCAAAAUUGCCCUGAUCCAGGGCAGAGGAACUGUACUUGUGCUACCCUUUCAGAGUACUCCAGGCAGUGUGCCAUGUCCCAUCAAGAAGUGUCUGAUUGGAGGAGCACUGACCUCUGCUCUUUGGGAAGAUGUCCAGCUAACCAAAUCUACAAAGAGUGUGGUUCUCCCUGUCUCAAAACAUGUUCCAAUCCAGAUUACAGCUGUUCCAGCUACUGUACAUAUGGCUGCUUCUGCCCAGAAGGGACUGUUUUGGAUGACAUUUCAAAAAACCGAACAUGUGUUCCGGUAGAACAGUGUCCAUGCACACUGAAUGGGGAAAUGUAUGCUCCUGGUGAUGUUAUGAAAGCAACAUGUAGAACCUGUAAGUGUAUGAUGGGUCAGUGGAGCUGCACAGAACUGCCAUGUCCAGGCAGAUGUUCCUUGGAGGGAGGGUCAUUUGUUACCACAUUCGACUCUAGGCCAUACCGUUUCCAUGGAGUUUGCACCUACAUUCUUAUGAAGAGUCCCAUGUUACCACACAAUGGAACCCUGAUGGCCGUGUAUGAAAACUCUGGUUAUUCCAGUUCAGAGACAUCACUGACAGCCAUCAUUUAUGUCUCAGGAAAAGACAAAAUUGUGAUUUCCAAAAAUGAAAUUUUAAUGGAUGAGGAUGAACUUAAGAGGCUACCUUAUAAAUCAGGAGACAUCAUCAUCUUCAGACAGUCAUCUACUCACAUUCAAAUGUAUACAACCUUUGGGCUGGAACUGGUAAUUCAAGUUAGUCCAGUGUUUCAAGUUUAUAUUAAAGUUGGAUUUCAGUUCAAAGACAAUACCCGAGGGCUGUGUGGUAACUACAAUGGAGAAACCACAGACGACUUCAUGACCAGCAUGGAUAUUAUUGAAGGAACAGCUCCUCUCUUUGUGGAUUCUUGGAGAUCAGGAAAUUGCCCCCCUGCCAUAGAAAGAGAUACAGAUCCUUGUUCUAUGAGUCAAUUAAACAAAAUGUGUGCCGAGACCCAUUGCUCUGUUCUUAUCAAGAAAGAAACAGUAUUUGAGAAAUGUCAUUCUGUGGUGAAUCCUGUUCCAUUUUAUAAGAGAUGUAUAUACCAAGCUUGCAACUAUGAGGAAACAUUUCCCUAUAUUUGUUCCGCUCUGGGAUCAUACGCCCGUGUGUGUGCUUCAAUGGGACUGUUUCUUGGGAACUGGCGGAGUACAGUAGACAACUGCACCAUUUCUUGUACUGGAAAUCAGACAUUCAGCUACAACACUCAAGCCUGUGACCGGACAUGCCUGUCCCUCUCCCAUCGAGGCCUAGAGUGCCACCCCACUGACAUCCCUAUUGACGGCUGCAAUUGUCCAAAAGGCACCUAUCUCAAUCACAAAAAUGAGUGCGUCCGUAAAUCCCAGUGCCCUUGCUACUUGAAAGACAGGAAGUUCAUUCAUGCUGAUCAGUCGACCAUAAUUGGUGGAAUUACCUGCUAUUGCAUUAAUGGGAAUCUGAGUUGUACUGGCAAACCUGCUGACCCUGCAGAAAACUGCAAGCCUCCCAAAAAAUAUAUUUCAUGCUCAGCACCUUCAGAAAGCAAAUAUGGAGCUGCCUGUGCACCAACCUGCCAAAUGCUGGCUACUGGAAUUGCAUGUGUCCCCAGCAAGUGUGAAUCAGGCUGUGUUUGUGCUGCUGGACUAUAUGAAAAGCUAGAUGGUACAUGUGUGCCACCUGAUGAGUGUCCCUGUGAAUAUGGUGGCAUCUCAUAUGCAAAAGGAGAGGAGAUUCACACUGAAUGCAAGUCCUGCACCUGCACAAGAGGAAAAUGGAAAUGCAUCCAAAAUUCCAGAUGCUCUUCAACAUGCAGUCUCUAUGGGGAAGGCCAUAUCACCACGUUUGAUGGACAACGUUUUGUGUUUGAUGGCAACUGUGAAUACAUACUAGCUAUGGACGGUUGUGGCAUGGGUGGCUCUCCCCAUCAUUUCAAAAUAGUGACUGAAAACGUUGUCUGUGGAAAUACAGGGAUCACAUGUUCCAGAGCAAUCAAGAUCCACCUUGGGAAUCUGACAAUCACUUUGGCAGACAGAACAUACACUGUCUCUGGUUGGAAUCCUAUGACAGAGUUCUUUAUAGAAGAAAAUGCCCUCCACUUGAUUAUUGAGAUUGCAAUCCCCGGCAAAUAUGACAUGUCCCUUGUCUGGAACAGGCACAUGAACAUAUUCAUCAAAAUAUUCAGAGGAGCAAAGGAUCACCUCUGUGGUUUAUGUGGUAAUUACAAUGGGAAUAUAAGAGAUGACUUUGAAACUCGAAGUAGAUAUGUGGCAUCCAAUGAACUGGAGUUUGUGAAUUCCUGGAAAGAGAAUCCCCUUUGUGGGGAUGUGUUCUUUGUGGCGGAUCCAUGCAGUAACAACCCCUAUCGCAAAGCAUGGGCAGAAAAGAAGUGCUCCAUUAUCAACAGUCAAGUAUUUGCUUCCUGCCACAGCAAGGUGUACCGCAGGCCUUAUUAUGAAGCUUGUGUCCGGGAUUCAUGUGGCUGUGACACAGGAGGGGACUGUGAGUGCAUGUGUGAUGCUGUUGCAGUGUAUGCAAAAGCAUGCUUAGAAGCUGGUGUCUGUGUUGACUGGAGAACCCCAGACUUCUGCCCUGUCUACUGUGACUAUUUCAACAGCCAUAAGAAGAAUGCCAUGGAUGGCACCUAUCAUAACUUUGUUAAUGAACUGAAUUGCACCUGGCAUUAUCGCCCUUGUAAAUGUCCAUACCAGCUACUAACCUUCAGAGAAAUAAACAUCGAAGGCUGUUACAACUGUUCAGAGCAUGACUACUAUAAUCCUAAGGAGAAAAAAUGUGUGCCUUGUAGCGGUCCAGUUUCCCCAACUCCUCCAUUACCAACAACAAGUUCACUUUCUCCAACUACCCCAUCACCAACAACAACUCCAACACGGACCACAGCAUCUCCGAAAACAGCUCACCCUCAUCCUGUUACAGAACCGCAAGUCAAAGUAACAACAACAGAGACUGCGCCAACAAAAGCAACAAGCACCAGCAGCACAACAUUAACUUCGCCAAAGGCAACAUCGCCCAUAAAUACAAAGAGCACAGAAUCAACGACGCUAAGACAUACAACACACACAACAAUGAUUACAACUCCACAGAAAACUAUUUCAACAGCAAGCACUUCUGUACCAACAACUUCCAGAACUACAGCAUUAACACAAACGCGACUACUGAAUCCACUGUAA